AUGGUUAACGAAACUUCUGAAGAAAAUUUAUUAGAAUUUUCGAAAAAAGUGUUAGACGCUGCCUUUGGACUCUGUGAAAAUAAUAAUAUAGAAGUAACACCGUCCACGGCUGAAGAACCGGCUAAAGAUAAAAAUGUACAAGCUUCGACCAUUAUUCCCUUGCCUUUAACGGUAGAGUCUAAAAUAAAACCUCGGUCCGAAAAAAAAAAGGUUAAAAUAAAUAUUCCUUCAUUUCAAGGUCAACCUGUUAAUGACCAUAAGGAACAAACUUCAUCAGAUUCGGCAACCUCUAUCAAAGCUAAAACUUCAAAUAAUUCCGACGAUAUGAGUGAUACUUCAACUAAUUUAAAUUUUAAAGAAGAUACGACAGAGACAUCAUUAAGAAGUCCGGGGCUUAUGGAAAUGAGACUAAAGAGGAAAUCAAUUAUGGGUUCAGAGGAAGAAGACCCUAAUUUUCCAUUAAAUUCUGAUGAACUUCACAUUGAAACGGACAAUCCAUCCCAUUUAUUCUGGGUACCAGCACAUUUACAUCCGGAGAUAGCUCCAAAUGAAUUUAGAAAGUGGUUAAAAUAUCAUUCGAAAGAUGAAAUCAAUUCUGGGUUAGCCUCGUUAAGGAGGCGUAAAUCAACUCUUUCUAAGCAAUAUAUUCCCUCAGAAGUUGAAGAUGAUGAGGAAACAACGGAUAAUAAGGAGGAAUCAAAGAAAAAAAGCAAUGGAUUUGAUUGGGAAUCCUUUGGUGAAUCAGAUGGGAUUGUUAACCAUUCCUCUGAAUCAACAAAAUUGAAUAUAUUACGGAGGAGUCUAAGUUUGAAUCUUCCACCAUUUAUAGGAGGCACAAUUUCUAAUCCUAAUGAUCCAAAUAUAUUUGAUCGACAUUCUUCUCCUGAUGUGGACUCAAAAAUUCUUGUACCAAGAAUGGCACCGGCACUUAAACGUACCGCACGUACAAAAAUUCGUCGAAAUUCUGUUGCUGGUGAACAAAAUCCUAGAAGAUUCUCAGCACACAGAAGAACAAGAUCUACUCAUAUAUCUUCUGAUAAAGGAAAACGAGAUGAAGAUAAAAUAAUACCAAAAAAAAGAUCAGAAUCCGCUCUUUCAGUUCCUUUUAUCCCACCACAAGUUGAGAAUGAAAAAGUAGAUAUGAACUUUAUUAAUAAUGUAAUAGUUGAUGAACCUGAAGAAAUUUCAAAAAACGUUGAGCUUGAUUGUAUUGAUGUUAAAGAUGGUAUGGGACCUAUACGUAUUGUAUUAGAAGACAAUGGACCUGAAGUAAACUUUACUCCACCUCAAAGAAAGAGCUCGUUUUCUUCGGAUGCAGAUCCAUCAUUCAAUAAGUUAAAAGUGGAACCAUCACAUGAUAAAUCAAAUUUAUUACAAGUUGACACAUCUAUACAAUCUGGAACUGCUUUAACACCACCUGCUUCACCAACAUCUCCAGCAUCACCGACAUCAGCACAGUCUUCAACAAAACGUGCUUCUGCAUGGUCAUGGUUAUGGUCUGGAGGGUCAGAGGAAAAAUUAAAAGAGAAAGAGAAGGAUGGAGAAAAAGAUAAAGAGGAAAAGAAAGAAAAGGAAUCAAAACCUAAAAAGAAAGAAAAAGAGAAAGAUGGUGAAAAGGAUAAAGAGGAAAAGAAAGAAAAGGAAUCAAAGCCUAAAAAGAAAGAAAAAGAGAAAGAUGGUGAUAAGGAUAAAGAGGAAAAGAAAGAAAAGGAAUCAAAGCCUAAAAAGAAAGAAAAAGAGAAAGAUGGUGAUAAGGAUAAAGAGGAAAAAAAAGAAAAAGAAUCAAAACCUAAAAAGAAGGAAAAAGAGAAAGAAGGUGAAAAGGAUGAAGAAAAGAAAGAGAAAGAAUCAAAACUCAAAAAGAAUAAAUCAGAUAAAUCAGAUAAGGUUGAAAAGUCUGAAAAGUCUGAAAAAUCUGACAAAAAUGAGAAAGAGAAUAAUGAUUCAGCAGUUAAAGAAAAGGAUAAAGAGAAAUCACAGAAAAUAUCACUUUCAUCUAUUUUUUCAUGGCCUUCUCAGAAUAAGGGAAAAUCAACGGAGGAUUCAUCAACCACCACAAAUCCCACUACACCUUUACCACAACCAACCACUCCAAACAAGAAAACAAAAUAUACCAACUAUAACCGUCUUCCUAUUCAUGUAGAGCGUGCAAUAUAUCGUCUUUCACAUAUUAAACUCGCAAAUCCACGACGCCCAUUGCACGAACAAGUACUCAUUUCCAAUAUGAUGUUUUGGUAUUUGUCGCUAAUUAAUAAACAACAAGUUGAAUAUGGAGGAAGUAGUAAUCCAAAUGCUGAGAUGGCAGUACAGAUAGUGAAAAGUAAGGUAGGUAAAGAGAAAGGCGGUCGCAAACGAAGAAAAGGAGAAAAGAAAUCUGGAUUAACAAGAAAAGGAGCAGGAUCUAGUGCAGAGAUAGCAUAUAAAGCUCCACAAUAUGACAUGAAUCAAAUACCGCAACAAUAUUUGUCAAAUGAAUAUGAAGAGAUAACUGCGGAAGAUUAUAGUGAUAAUGAUUAUCAAAGUGAAGAAGAAAUCAAAGCGCAUAGUUAUCAAUAUUAUAAUGAUGAAUAUCUUUCCGAUGGAACUGAUGGUGGAUAUCUUGAUGAGACUAAUGGAAGGAUUGAAAGUAGUCAUGGUGGAGAUUUAUUAAAUUCUAGUGCUGAAUUUGAUGAUAAAUUAGGAGAAAGCAGUAGUGGAGAUAAAAAUAUCAAAAAUUAUGUUCGAUCAUCUCCUAAUGGACGAUCUAAAUCACCAACUGGCAAAAGGCCAUCAUCCAAUGGAAGGUCAACUUCUCCAACUUCAAAGAAUCGUAACUCAGUUUCAUCAAAUGUACAAAGAAAAUCAGUGCCACCGUCCAGUACUCGUAAACCCGCUAAUGUAUCAAGAAACCGCGCUUCGAACGACGAUCUAUUUCAUUCCAAAUAUGCCUAUUGGAUUGCAAAUCAAGAACUUUUAACCCCAUUAUCUUCAAACCAUUACUUUGUGAAAUGUGCAAAAUGUUUAGGAUUCUUACUCUGA